AAUGAAAGCAUAUAACCCUGGGCGCAGAGAAGAGAGAGUUGAAUUGGAAGAAAGAGUAGAUCGAUCAGAGAAAGAGGGGAGAUGGAAGUUGAAGGGUCAUCGAAGAAGAUGAUAGCGACUCAGGAGGAGAUGGUGGAGGCCAGGGUUCCUCUGGCCUACAGGGACCAGUGCGCCCACUUGCUCAUCCCUCUCAACAAGUGCAGGCAGGCCGAGUUCUACCUCCCAUGGAAGUGCCAGGACCAGCGUCACUCCUACGAAAAGUGCCAGUACGAGCUCGUCAUGGAGAGAAUGCUCCAGAUGCAAAAGAUCCGCGAGCACCAACAAAACCCCAACGCCAAACAACCCCUUAUCGCGCUUCCCAAACCCGCCAAUGCCUGAUUCAUAUUCACUGAACCUUUGCUUGGGACAGAUGUUAUUUCAUGUUUUGCUAUUGUAUGGAUCAAAGUGACUUUGGAAUGUUUGUCCAAAGACUACUUCAGACUUUUUAUAUUUUAUUUCUGGCUAUUUCUGCUGUCAUGGACCCAUGUUUCUCCUUGGAAGAAAUAAAAUUCCUUGUUAACGUUUCUUAAAGGGAAAAAAUUAACUGAUUGAUUUCA